AUGCGACACUGGGUUGUCGUUACAAGCAAGAAAAAUAGUCAUCUAGACAUAUCUUAUUCUCAAAUUUCAGAUCAUUCUCUCAACAUGAAUCAAGAUCAAGCUAGUGACAACAAACUUGUUCAAGAGAUUGAGGCUUCAAAGGAGACUGAGAAGGCUUAUCUCAAACAACCCAAAGUGUUUUUAUGCUCGAAGAAAUCUGGUAACGGGAAGAGGCCCGGUAAAGGUGGAAAUCGCUUCUGGAAAUCUGUUGGUCUUAGAUUCAAGACCCCCAAAGAAGCCAUCGAAGGAACCUUUAUUGACAAGAAGUGUCCAUUCACUGGCAAUGUUUCCAUCCGUGGUCGUAUCAUAGCCGGAACCUGUCACAGUGCCAAAAUGAAUCGGACUAUUAUUGUCAGGAGGAAUUAUCUUCACUUCAUUAAGAAAUAUCAGAGGUAUGAGAAGAGGCAUUCCAACAUUCCAGCUCAUGUGUCACCUGCCUUCUGUGUUAAGGAAGGUGAUCAUGUCAUUAUUGGUCAAUGCAGGCCAUUCUCCAAGACAGUGAGGUUCAAUGUAUUGAAAGUCAUCCCAGCUGGAUCAUCCAGUGGUGCAAAGAAGGCAUUUUCUGGCAUAUGA